AUGGUUGGUAUUAUUGAGCCUAAGUCUGCUUUCAAUCGUGCUUCGGUUCCGUACUGGAGGGCCAUCAACUUGGUUCCGAUUCAUCAAAACCAAAGAACAGAUAUGUGCUCUAACAUCUGGAUUUUUGCAAAUCCUAAUCUCACUUUUCAAAUCAUUUUUUCCUCUGAUCAAACUGUUAUCAUCGACUGCAUUUGGCAGGGUUUUGAUUACAGGGUGGCGUUCGUUCACGGUGCUAAUUCUCAUCAGAUGAGACGUCAAAUGUGGAUUGAUCUUCUCGGCUACUUGAAUGAGUAUUAUGUCAUCAUUGGAGACUUCAAUGCUGUUAAAGGGGCGCAUGAACGUAUAAGUACCUGCAUGCCUGCAGCUGCGGCCUGCAAAGACUUUUGUGAUUUCAUUGACUACUCUGGUCUUGUGGAAUCGCCAACUACGGGUCUUAGAUUCACUUGGUCUGGAAGACGUUUUAUGCCGUCGCACGUUGAGUCGAUUCUUGAUCGGGCUUUUUAUACGGCUUCUUUUGCAGAUCAUUGGCAAAGUGUUCAUACUCAUGUCUUCCCCAGGAUCACGUCGGAUCACUCCCCGAUUGCUCUGAUGUGCCAACAAACUAACAAUAUUCAAAGGCGGUUUUUCAAAUUUCUGAACAUGUGGACCGAGCAUCCAGAGUUCAGCGAUCUGGUAACUAGCUCUUGGACGGGGACGACAGCUGCUUCGUGCCCCAUUUAUACUGUCAUGUCUAAGCUUAAGCGCCUUCGGAAAGACAUUACGGCUUGGAAUAGAACGGUCUUUGGCAAUGUGGAUAGAUUGGUGAUGGAAACGCAGCAGGAACUCCUGCUUAUUCAAGAACAAAUUGCUCAAGAUGGCUAUACGGAGGAGUUGUUUAAUCGAGAAGUGGCUGCUCAAGCUACUGUUAAUGUGCAUCUUUCUCGAAAAAAUUCUCUCCUGCAACAAAAGAGUCGCGUCAAAUGGCUGCAUGAUGGAGACCGUAAUACUGCUUUCUUUCAUAACAUGCUUCGGUACAAGCAGAGACGGCAGGAGAUCUUACAUUUGCAGGUCAACGGCACUAUGAGUUAUGAUCAGCAGAUGAUUGAAGAUCACAUUGUGGAUUUCUUCUCUAUUCUUUUUAAUGCGCCUGACUCUGAUGUGGGAGAUAUCACGGCGAUUGAGGCGGUCAUUGAUCAUAUGGUAUCUGAUGAUCAAAAUUUGAUGCUUGUUAGAAUUCCUGACGAUGAGGAAAUUACUGCGGCUGUUUUUGACCUUGAUGCAAAUAGCGCUGCGGGACCUGACGGCUUUACUGGAAAAAAUUUUCACGUUUGCUGGCAAACUAUUAAGGUCGACAUCUGGAAAGCUGCUCGCGCUUUCUUCACGCGUUCUUACCUGCCGAAUGGUUGUAAUUCUAACACUCUCAUCAUGAUUCCAAAGAAAGAGGACGUGACCUCGGUUACUGAUCUCCGUCCAAUUGUCUUGUCGAAUUUUUUCUUCAAGAUCAUUUCCAAAAUUCUUGCCAGGAGACUCAAUAUCGUUGCUGAAAAAUGUGUUUCUCCGAACCAGUUUGGUUUUAUUAGUGGCCGGGCUAUCCAUGACUGCAUUAUGCUCGGCUCGGAGGGCGUCAAUUGUAUGAAUCGUUCCAAUGGCGGAAGGAAUAUGACUUGCAAAAUUGAUAUCUCGAAAGCCUUUGAUACCCUUCGUUGGGACUUUUUGUUGGAUGUUUUGAGAGUCGGCGGUUAUGAUAGUAAAUUCAUUAGAUGGAUUGAAGUGAUCCUACACUCGGCAAAGUUAUCUAUCCUUGUAAAUGGGAAACUUUGUGGGUAUUUCAGCUGCUCGAGAGGAGUCAGACAGGGUGAUCCCCUCUUCCCCAUUUUAUUUGGGAUUGCAGAGGAUGUUCUCAGCGCUUUAUUCCACAACUGUGUUUCUUCUGAUCAUUUGCAUCCCAUGAAAUACAAUCGACGGCAGAGCUUCCCCACUCAUCUGCUCUAUGCCGAUGACAUAUUAGUUUUCUGCAAGGCGUCUGUGCAGAACGCUAAGACUCUGAAGAAAAUCCUGGACUUCUAUAGUUCCAUAUCUGGGCAACAAGUUUCGUUGGCCAAAUCUCAUGUUUUCUAUGCGAACAAAGUGGAUCUAAGGCUUCAGAGGAAAAUUAAUCGUCAACUUGGUUUUGCUAUUGGCACGAUGCCUUUCACCUAUCUUGGUGUUCCUAUCUUUGUUGGUAGAGUCAAAGCUUCGUACUUAAGAGCGAUUCAUGAUCGCAUUGCGGCCAAAUUUUCAAGAUGGAAAGGUUUGCAACUUUCUAUGGCUGGUAGGUUGUGCCUCAUCAAAUCUGUUAUUCAGAGCUCGGCAACUCAUUCUAUGCUUGUUUACAGAUGGCCAAGAUCGCUUAUUCACAAUCUUGAUAAGCUUUGCAGGAACUUCCUUUGGUCUGGAGAUGUUAAUAAACGGGGCAGCUGCCCUGUUAACUGGGAAAGAGUUUGUUCCAUCAAAGAGGAAGGCGGGCUUGGUUUAAAGUCUUUUGCUUUGAUGAAUAAGUGCUAUCUUAUGAAAAUGGCAUGGAACAUCAUACGGGGCAAGGAUUUUGGUUACUCGUUACUCAAGGUGCGUUACCUGGAUAAUUUCUCUCACGCUCGACCAAAUGUCAGCUCCUCUAUUUGGCUUGGAAUUCACGAUGAGAUUUCACCCCUUGUGGAGGACUCGUACAGCUUUAUUGGAAAUGGGGAAAGCACCAAUUUUUGGAAAGAUGAUUGGAUUGGCUAUAAACUUGCUGACAGGUGCGCCGUUCCUGUUCUCUUCCUGGAUUCGCUCAACUUCACUGUGGCUGAUUAUUUUUAUGACGGUGUCUGGCACUUCACCCAGAAUUUCGUCAACAAUUUUCCUGAAGUCGUCUGCGAUAUUCUUCUUCUGCCAAUUGGGACAGAUUCGGACACUAGGUUUUGGAAGAAUUCGGUUCAUGGUCAAGUUACCUCUGCUCUUGCCUUUGCGAAUAACUGUCACCGAUUUCCACAAGUCACCUGGGGUACUUGGAUAUGGGAAAGAUUUAUUCCCAUGCGUAGAUCGAUGGUUGUGUGGCGGGUUCUGCACAAUCGCCUGCCUACUUAUGACAGCUUAAUUAGGCACGGCCUAAUUAAGCCUAAUCAUUGCCCUUUCUGCUUCCGCAAUAAUGAAUCCAUUGAUCACAUUUUUUGGAGCUGCAUGUUGGUUCGUGAGACUUGGAUUGAGUUCUUAGAUUGGUUUAAUUUUGGUCAGAGUGAUCACAUACCGGGUAUUCACAAUUUUUUGGCCAUCGCCUGGAAUCUCAAACAUAGCUCACAAGUGAAUUCUUUUUGGAAGGCUGGAAUUAUCACGUUUAUUUGGAUGAUUUGGGUUAUACGUAAUGAUUGUGUGUUUGAGAAUCAUACUUUCUCCAAAUUUCGCUUGCUCAGGAUGGUUAAAGUGACUUUUAAAGAGGUGGAUAUGUUUCAGAAUCUUGGGCACAUGCACAAUUCCUGGAGUGACUAUUUAACUCUGCGUCACAUUGGAGUUAAGUCUAGAGCUGCGGCUCCGCCUUUAUUCAGAUCUGUACAUUGGUGGCCGCCUGUUUCCCCAUGGAUCAAAGUUAACACCGAUGGGUCGGCACAGGGCAGUCCGGGCAAUAUCGCUGCGGGCGGAGUUUUUCGAGAUCACUUUGCUUGGGUUCGAGGGUGUUUUCACUAUAAGGCGGGUGUUGGUUACGCCUUUGAAGCUGAGCUUCUCGCGGUCAUUAUCGCCGUCCAAAUCGCCCAUAGCAAGGGAUCUCUCAUAUUUACCGGGAAGGUAAUAAACCUGCGGACAUCAUGGCAAAUCCUACUAGGUCUGAAGGCUGGUGGCCUUAUGAGGUCGAGGACAUCAAAAAGGCUGUUCGGCUUGAUAUGGGAUCUCACAGCCACACACGCAUUAUUCAUGGCAAAUGAUCUACAGGAGGUUUUAUGGUGUUGUUUGGCUCGGGCCUCUUUUCAAACACCUGCAAGAUGGGGUUUAAGAAGCUGUUUUUUUGGAGCUGGGGAUGGCGGUGUUCAGGGCAGUUCGGCGCUGACUGUUGCCGUUUGGAUCUUGUUGGAUCUCCGAGGUUGGCGUCAAAGCAUGCGCCGCGUUGAGUCUCUCUGGGAUUCAGUUGUUUCUGUCAUCGACAUUCUGUUUUUUGGAGUUUUGUCUCCGAUUGUUUGUUUUCUUCAAAGAAUUCUUACGUUCAGUUGGCACCUCUCUGUCAAUUGGUUUUGGUUCAGGUCUUUUCACAAACACCUGCUAGGUGAUGCUUGUCAGCAGACGAACCGAUCUUUUUGGAGCAGAAGAGGGGUGAAGCGCUGCAGUUGGUGGGUGAGCAAUGCGGAGGAGAAUGGCGUCGUGUGGGAUUGGGGUGUCGGCGGUGCUCUUUCAGUGCCCGGGUGCGCUCGGCGCUGGGGCGUCGUUGGUCGGACCUCGUUGGAUCUCCGCGUUUGGCUCCUGAGGAAGCCUCGCGUUGAGUCUACUUGCGAAUCAGUUGCUCCAGUCAUUGACGUGCUGAUUCUUGGAGUUUUAGCUCCAGUUCUUUGGUCUUCGUAUAUGUUAAGCUGGCAACCCCCAGCCUUUGGGCUUUACUGGUUUGGGAUCUUCUACAAACAGCUGCUGGGCAUUCUCGUUGAGGGGCAGCAGGUGGCCUGGUCUCGCCACCUUUGGGGUUUUUGUUUUGGUCAACGCUCUUGCUUGUCGGGCUGUUCGGAUAUGGGGAUGGGUGAUGUGCCACAUUGGUGGGUGAAGCAGUUCGUUGGCGUUUGGUGUCGGGAUGGGAUGGGGUGUCGGCGGUGCUUUUUCAGUGCUCGGGUGCGCUCGGCACUGGGGCAUCGCUGGUCGGGCUCCUUUGGUUUUCUGCGUUUGGUUUUUUGGACUUUCUCGCAGUGA